GAGAACUUCGUGUACCAGGCGAACAUCCAGACGCUGGUGGAGGCCGAGGACCUGCUUUCCAAGGCCAUCGAGGUGCUGAAGAAGUACUACGAGGAGGCCAUUGCGUCCGUCGACUCCAUGCUCCAGACGAAGGGCAGGGAGGACCCCGCGCCGCCGGAGACGUGGGGCAGCGAGUACACAGGCCAGAAGGAGGCGGGCACUGGCGCCAUCGGCAUGGUGGAGUUCAUCCUGUCGGAGACCAAGAAGGAGGAGCAGGCCGGCCACGCCGCGGAGGACGAGAGCCAGCAGUCCUUCGAG